GCCGGGACCCGUGAUCGACGAAUCUUAUUCUAAGAACUCAGACACUCAGGUAUCCACCAUGGUGUUGGGUCCUGAGCAGAAGACGCCAGAUGAAGAUGCUUCUGGAGACCACGGGGAUUCUGCCAGUCUUGGGGCCAUCAACCCAGCCUACAGUAACUCCUCUCUUCCACAGUCCCCCGGGGGGCACUCAGAGGACGCUUUCACCACGUACUUUGAUGAGAAGAUCGCCAUUCCUCAGGAGGAGUACUCUUGUUUUAGCUUUCGUAAACUCUGGGCUUUCACGGGACCGGGAUUUCUUAUGAGCAUUGCCUACCUGGAUCCAGGAAACAUUGAAUCUGAUUUGCAGUCUGGAGCAGUGGCUGGAUUUAAGUUGCUCUGGGUUCUUCUGAUGGCCACCAUCGUGGGGCUCCUGCUCCAGCGCCUUGCAGCUAGACUGGGAGUGGUCACUGGGCUGCAUCUUGCUGAAAUGUGUCACCGUCAGUAUCCCAGGGUUCCACGAAUUAUCCUGUGGCUGAUGGUGGAGUUGGCUAUCGUUGGCUCAGAUAUGCAAGAAGUUAUUGGCUCCGCCAUUGCCAUCAAUCUCCUCUCUGCAGGAAGGGUCCCGCUAUGGGGUGGAGUUCUUAUCACCAUUGCAGAUACCUUUGUAUUUCUCUUUUUGGACAAAUAUGGCUUGCGGAAGCUAGAAGCAUUUUUUGGUUUUCUCAUCACUAUUAUGGCCCUCACAUUUGGAUACGAGUAUGUUACAGUGAAACCCAGCCAGAUCCAGGUCCUCAAAGGCAUGUUCCUGCCAUCCUGCUCAGGCUGUCGUACCCCACAGAUCGAGCAGGCUGUGGGCAUCGUGGGUGCUGUUAUCAUGCCACACAACAUGUACCUGCAUUCUGCUUUAGUCAAGUCCAGACAGGUAGACCGAGCCAAUAAGGAGGAAGUUCGGGAAGCCAAUAAGUACUUUUUCAUUGAAUCCUGCAUUGCUCUUUUUGUUUCCUUUAUCAUCAACGUCUUUGUCGUCUCAGUCUUUGCUGAAGCAUUUUUUGAGAAAACCAACGAGCAGGUGGUUGAAGCCUGUAGAAGUAUCAGCAGCCCCCAUACUCACCUUUUUCCUGACGAUAACUCAACACUGGCUGUGGACAUCUACAAAGGGGGUGUUGUGCUGGGGUGUUACUUCGGGCCUGCUGCACUCUACAUCUGGGCAGUGGGGAUCCUGGCUGCAGGACAGAGCUCCACCAUGACAGGAACCUACUCUGGCCAGUUUGUCAUGGAGGGAUUCCUGAACCUAAAGUGGUCACGCUUUGCCCGAGUGAUUCUGACCCGCUCCAUUGCCAUCAUCCCCACUCUGCUUGUUGCCGUCUUCCAAGAUGUAGAGCAUCUGACAGGGAUGAAUGACUUCCUGAAUGUUCUUCAGAGCUUACAACUUCCCUUUGCUCUCAUACCCAUCCUCACGUUUACGAGCUUGCGGCCGGUAAUGAGUGAAUUUGCCAAUGGACUAGGCUGGAGGAUCGCAGGUGGUAUCUUGGUCCUUAUCGUCUGUUCCAUCAACAUGUACUUUGUCGUGGUUUAUGUCCAGGACCUAGGGCAUGUGACAUUGUAUGUGGUGGCUGCUGUGGUCAGCAUAGCUUAUCUGAGCUUUGUGUUUUACUUGGGUUGGCAAUGUUUGAUUGCACUGGGCAUGUCCUUCCUGGACUGUGGGCACACGUACCUACGUCUGGGAUUGACAGUUCAGCCUGAACUCUACCUUCUGAACACCGUGGAUGCUGACUCACUUGUGUCUAGAUGACUGACAGCCUGAGAGACUCUAUAAGACCCACUUUCUCUUAGUCCUUUUGUGCCAAGUGUCCUGUUAACGUAUCUCUGUUAGUUCAGUGGUGAGUUUUGUUCAACCAUUUUGAGCAGAAGGCAAAGAUUUCCUCAUGGGACGGGUGUUAAAAGCUGACAGCUUUAAGUGUAGGUCAGAGACCCGGAGAGUCCUGCAGCUGCCAGAGUUAAAUUUUUAGCCCGUGAUGGUCACACACCCCUAUGGGCUUGUGUCUCGACUUCUGGAAUUUAAAAUAUAUAUAUGUGUGUAUGUUUAGGUAAACCUGAACAUAUCAGUUUGGGUAGAGUUUUAAGGUUAUAUAAAAAUGAUAGAUCUUUUGUAUUUUUUUAACAAAUGUUGCUCAAAUAAAUCAGGUAUUUAUUUUGUCUGGAUCGCAAGUGACAAAGGAAAAGGAGCAUUGUUCUUUUUCAGAGUGAACUGGUCAAGCUGACUUACUUUUAAAGUGAUACUUGACUAUAGCCAGUUAAAUUUCACUUUGAUUUUUAUUGACCGAACCUUGGUGACUACUGAUUCUAGCACAUCAUUUCCAAAGAAAACACUUCUUCUAUUUGGCAUGUUUAAUCCUGGUUGUCGGUGUGCUUUGUGAUUGUUAUUUCCUUUGUUGCUUUUCUUGAGUUUUUUUCAGAGAUAUGAUGGUAUUUUCCAAAGAGCUUAACGCCUACGAACAGGAGCCAGAAAUCACACUGAAACCAAUGAUCAGUUUUCCCUGCUGCAUUGUAACUCAGCCCAUUCUAGCAUUUAAGUUGUAGGUAUAAAAAGAAUUCUAACAUUUAACUUUGUAAGUCCCAACAGAAGAUAAUGGAGGUAUUAGUUUUCUUUCUGAUGUGUGUAUAGUCCCACCAUGUCUUUUCUUCCCACUUUUCCCAUUAACACUCCAAACACCAUUUCUAGGUCCAAAGUCUAUUUCCCGGAGUGGCUAAUAUUUCUAACGCUGACUCUCCUAGGGAAUGCUAAGCGUUUUAAGUUAUAUAUACCAAGUAUAAUAGUAUGAGAUGAGAACUAGACUGGGACUUGGAAGAUUUGUCCACAUGUCACAAGCUGCCUGCCUACAUGUGGCUUAUAGAUAUUUUUUGAUCCCCCUGUUCCUAACCAGGAUUUUUUUUUUCCAUAAAAUUUUUAUAAUAAAACAUUUAGUAUUUAAAACUUGAAAGUUUCUACAUAACGAUCUGAUUGAAAAGUCAGAAGAUUUUCAACAUUGGGCCCACGUUCCUUCAUGGAAGUGCAGUUGGCUUAAACUGAGUGGCAGCUAUCCAUUUUUUUUACAUCUUUAUUGGAGUAUAAUUGCUUUACAAUGGUGUGUUAGUUUUUACUGUAUAACAAAGUGAAUCAGCUAUACAUAUACAUAUAUCCCCAUAUCUCCUCCCUCUUGCGUCUCCCUCCCACCCUCCCUAUCCCACCCCUCUAGGUGGUCACAAAGCACCGAGCUGAUCUCCCUGUGCUAUGCAGUUGCUUCACACUAGCUGUCUAUUUUACACUCGGUAGUAUAUAUAAGUUCAUGCCCAGCUAUCCAUUUUUAAUGGAAUAUACUCCAGGGUGGCAUCCAUGCCUUCUUUCAUUUCCUUCCAGCCCCAAAGGCAUUGAGUUUGCAAACCCUGCAGCCUUUGUGUGUUUGAGCAUCACUUUUCUCUUUCAGCGUAAAAAUUGAAUAUCCAACCCCUCUGCCGUAUUUUAUUUUAUUUUUUUCUGCCUUAUUUUAAAACUUAGCACCUUUCAAUAAGACUUAAAAAAAUUCAGACAUUGCCUAUGUUCAUUUAUAAUGAUUUGAUCCUCUAAGUGGCAGGGAUUUUUUUCCAAGAUGAUACUUUCAAAUUCCCUCAUUUCUACUUCAUGGCCCUUGAAACUUCUGAUAAGAGCGGCAUCCUUGCAACCUAGGUUAGAGACCUUCUGAUCUCAAAAAUGAAACUGAGUUAACGCCACUUAUCAGCUUUUACUUGAAAAAGCGACUUAAAAAAUGAGUUUCAGCGUUUUGGUUUCUUUAUACAGAGACAGCAAUCUAGAUGAAUCAGUUUGUUGGAUUUUCCUCCCUCCAUGGGCAAUUUCAUUUCUCAGUAGUUUCACUACCAGAGAAUAUUUGGGGAAAGAAAGAAAAAAGCAAAAAAAAAAAUCCUGUUUUGCAACUCAUAAAAAGAUAAGGUGGUUGGUUAAACAGAGAUUAAGUACUUGAGGAAUUUCUGUAGCUUUUCUCCAUUCUUUAACUGUAUGUUACUAGGAACAGACUAGAGUUUACAAAAAUUUAUAAGUAUACCCCUCAGGGCAUAUAGCUCCUGUAAUCAGAAAAUUUGAUAAUAAAGCAAACUGAAUCAUGCUAAAA